AUGAAUAGAGAUAGUGGAAUCGGAUCUGCGAGUACCUCGACUUUAGAGAGACAGCUCGCUUCAUCAGAGGAAGGAUCGUCUUCAAUAGACUUAUUUGCUACCUCAACCCCCCUAAGCCACAGGAAUCCAGCCAGACUUUCAGAGGUUUUCCACGAGCCAGGAUCAAGUACAAAGAAUAACCUGGAUAAGAAAAGUCAUCCUUGCCGUUACUGCGACAAAUCAUUUGAUAGACCAUCUCUACUCAUUCGGCAUAUCCGCACUCACACCGGGGAGAAGCCAUGGUCGUGUCCAUAUUGUAAAAAGGGAUUUGCUACUAAAAACGGAAUGAUAAUUCAUGAACGGACGCAUACUGGAGUCAAGCCGUACAAAUGUCCAUUCUGUGCUAGGUCCUUCAAUGCAUGCUCAAACUAUUCCUUCCAUGUUGAUACGCACAAGGGGAGACGAAGACAUCAUUGUGAACAAUGUGGAAAGAAUUUUGUAACUCCUGGGGAUUUAAAAAGGCACAUGUUCACUCAUACUGGGAAUUGGCCUUUCUUCUGUUGUCAAUGUCACAAAGGUUUUGCGACAAUGCGUAGCUUGCAAAGUCACGAGCACGUUCAUAAUAAAGUCAAGCCUUUUGCUUGUAAAUUUUGCACAAGAACCUAUACCACAGAGAGUUCUCUUAAAACCCACAUAAAACGUCACCAAGAAAUAUUUGAUAGAACAAUGAGAGGAGAAGAACUAACUUCAUCGCAGUUAUCAGCUGUUGAGACCAAUGCUGUAGAUAUUCCUUUGGUCUCAUCAACCCACCCUCAAUCAUCAAACCCACUGAAUUCACCUCGAGAGGAAUUUAGACCAAGUCUAAAUCAAAGUCAAGGUCACAAACAGACUCCAUCCCUUCCGCCAAGGUCUUUACCUGAGGAUUACCCUUCAACUCCGUCCGAACCAUAUGAUAUAAAGCCAAGCAUGCCUAUUUCAACAUCGUUUAUGACACCAACACAUACUGGUCAAAUCUAUCAGAAUCAAAAUACUAGUAUGAAGUACAGUCAUUCAUCUCACCUAGAAUGGAGUAAUCAGCCUCCACCAGUGACCUACAGACCUCCAAGAGAAGCAGAUAGUCAGAUUCAACGACUUCAAAGUCAAUUUGAGGGUCUGGGACUUAGAAUGAGCAAUAGGAGUGCCUUCAUGGUUGUAGGAAAGCAUUCAGUACAGUACAGUCAUAAUUUUCCAAAGACGUCUACAAGGCGGACUUCUUCAAGUAAAAUUGUGACAACUAGGCCUUUCUAUUCCCACCAACGUCAUCACCCUCCUCCUUCACAGCAACUUCAACGGUCUCAACCUCUGACACCUUCUCAACCUCCACAGCCAGUCCAUGACGACAUCCCUUUGGAUCUCACUACUAAGGGUCCUCGUGGCCUGAAUAUUUGA